AUGUACAUCGGUCGGCGCAAACCAUCUCCGGACCAAUCAGCUCUCGAAGUCGCCCUCAACAACCUCGAUAAGUGUCUCGAUAAGUGUCGAGAACCCCCUCAGGGAGCACUCGAAGCCUACGAGACCUUCGCUCAACCACUCGUACAAGACUAUGGCCAACUGCUCGAGACCUUCGGGCCCUCCUUUGCUCUCGCUAAGAGUAAACGAGAUUGCGAUCUGGAUGAUCUAUACGAAUUGGAGAAGGAUGCCGACGAUGGCUUUCGGAGGAUCGAGGACCUGACGGCUCAGAUAGCACAACUUGCUAGAGACGUCGAUCCGAUCGACGGUGUUCUUGAUGAAGAUUCAAGAGAGCGGAUAGCUUGUUUGAUCGAACGCAAGGUAGAAUCAGAACUUUCGAGCCAUUCACCACUGCAGCCGUCGAGCCAUUCACCACUGCCGCCGCUCACCGAGACUGAGAACGCAUCGAUCGAGGACGCGCCAGAAUUCAAGCCUUCGGAAUCUGCUCGGCCGGCUUUCCUGGCCAGUCUCUCCCAUGCCAGCCCCUCAUCAUCCUCCUCAGCCCCGCGUAAAAUGCCAGGCACUUUCCAACCUGCAAAUCCCCCUUACUGA